AGCUGCCGCGCUGCCUCGACGGGGGUCCCGGGAGACUCCAGCGUGGAAUGGUGGCCUCGAAGCUGGUGCUGUCGCUGCUUGUUGCAGCUCUCCUGCUACACGUGGCUGCCACGCUGAAGAUCAGCGCCUUCAACAUCAAGGCGUUUGGGGACAGCAAGAUGUCCAACCAGACUAUCGCAGAUAUCAUCGUCUCUAUCCUGUCGGGAUACGACAUCACCAUGGUGCAGGAGGUCCGGGACACCGACCUGAGUGCUGUGAAGAAGCUCAUGGACCAGCUCAACAGUGUAUCCCCACACCCAUACAGCUUUUUGGACAGCAUCCCCUUGGGUCGGACCACCUACAAGGAGCAGUAUGUCUUCAUUUUCAGGUCGGAUAUGGUCUCCGUGCUGGGAAGCUACUACUACGACGACGGCUGCGAGCCCUGUGGGACUGAUACCUUCAGCAGGGAGCCCUUCAUCGUGAAGUUCUCCUCACCCACCACACAGGUGGAGGAGUUCGUGAUGGUGCCCUUGCAUGCCGAGCCCAGCAGCGCAGCGGACGAGAUCGACGCGCUCUACGACGUCUACACCGACGUCGUCAACAAGUGGGCAACUAACAACAUCCUCCUCCUGGGUGACUUCAAUGCCGACUGCUCCUACGUGACCAGCGCCCAGUGGCCAUCCAUCCGCUUGCGCUCCUUUGACGCCUGCGAGUGGCUUAUCCCCGACAGUGCUGACACCACCGUCACCAACACCACCGACUGCGCCUAUGACCGCAUCAUUGCCUGCGGAACUGCGCUGCGCCAGGACAUCGAGCCUGGCUCCGCCACCAUCAACAAUUUCCAGAAGACUUUCCACCUCCAGAACAAGGAUGCUUUGGCCGUCAGCGACCAUUUCCCCGUGGAGGUGACCCUGAAAGGCAGAAGUGCUGCGCACUCGGCAAGCAGUUUUCCAAGUUCGGCUCCCAUCACUGCAUCCCUGCGGCUCAGCAUCCCUCCUGGCAGGAUGGCGACCAUGGCACUGGCACUGUUCCUGCUGGCUGCGGCUCUCCCGUGCCCGGCCACCGCCACCUUGCGCAUCGGUGCCUUCAACAUCCAGGCGUUCGGUGACACCAAGAUGUCCAACGAGGGAGUGGCAGGCAUCAUCGUCAGCAUCCUGUCCCGCUACGAUGUGGCAUUGGUGCAGGAGGUGCGCGACUCCGACCUCAGCGCCGUCACUGAGCUCAUGGAGCAGCUCAACAGCAUGUCCACAUCCCCAUAUGACUACGAGAUCAGCGGCCCCCUGGGACGGGACAACUACAAGGAGAUGUACCUCUUCAUCUACAGGACAGACAUUGUGUCCGUGGUGGACACCUACCAAUAUGAGGACCCCCAGGAUGUCUUCAGCCGGGAGCCGUUCAUCUUGAGGGUCUCAGCACCUCACACCAGUAAGCAGGGGGACGAGUGGCCCCAGGUGGUGGCGUGGGGUCUGCGAGGCUGACGUCCCUCUCCCCUGGCAGAGGUGGAAGAGUUUGUGCUGGUGCCACUGCACUCGGCUCCACACGAUGCCGUUGCUGAGAUUGACGCGCUCUACGACGUCUACCUGGCCAUCAUCAGCAAGUGGGGGACUGACAACAUCAUGUUCCUGGGGGACUUCAACGCCGACUGCGCCUACGUCCAGCCGAGCGACUGGUCGGCCAUCCGCCUGCGCACCAGCAACAUCUUCAAGUGGCUGCUCCCCGAUGGCACCGACACCACCGUGGGGAAGUCAGACUGUGCCUAUGACAGGAUCGUGGUGUGCGGCGCAAAGCUGAAGAGAAGCAUCGUGCCAAAUUCAGCUGCCAUCUACAAUUUCCAGCGUGCUUUCCAGCUGGAGCAGGAGGAGGCCCUGGCAGUCAGCGACCACUACCCAGUCGAGGUGAAGCUGAUGGCUUGAGCUCGUCCUGCGGCCACAGACCACGAUCCAGCUCCAGCUCCCACCACCAACCCCCAGGAAGGCGCUCCCCGCAGCCCCAUCCACGAGCCCUCUGCGUCAGCUGCUCCAGGCCCCAGUCUGGAGGAGGGUCGCAGCCGGCCGCUGGCCGUGCCGAGACCCCCCAGCCCACGUGGCUCAUGGCAGAGCUCCCCCAGCCCACCACAAACCAGAGCCCAGGGACAGGCCACCAGCCAGGAAGCAGUGACCACAGACAGGCUGGGGAAC